AUGGGCCAGUCUAGGGUUACCCAGCCUUCAAUAGUUCCGACACUGGAAUUCCUUUCGCUGCUACCACUGGCGGCCGGAAGUACUCUGGAUGCUCACAACUGGGGUAACAUUUGCCCUUCCGCUACCACUGCAGCCGAUGGCUUUACCAUUGAUGAAGACUGCUUGAAUCUCAACAUCUGGUCUCCUGCGAAUUCCACUGAUGCCAAGCUCCCUGUGGUUAUAUGGAGCUACCCGGCUGAAUUGACAGCAGCUGAUCCUCUCUUUUAUGGUGGUGGUAUGGCUGACAAGGGCAUUGUAUUCGUCAAUUACAACUACCGUACAGGCCCAUUUGGCUGGCUCGCCCACUCUAAGCUCUCUGCAGAAUUUGAGAAAGUUACCGGCUCCAAUAGCUCCGGAAACUGGGCCGAGGCUCGUGAGAUGACAAUGGAGGAGCUUAUUGAUGGUGUCACUGGCUCUAGCAAAGCAACCAUGAUCAUGUUUGAAGCUGUGCUUGAUUACUAUGCGAUGCCCGAUACAUAUCUUAAUAUCUUAAAGAAGGGACUUGCCCAUGACGUAUCUGUUAUCACCGGAAAUAAUAAGAAUGAGAAUGGCGCUACAUAUGGCCAUGAUAUUUCCCUUGAAGAAUACUAUGAGAAUGUGAAUGAGACAUAUAGUGGGGUUUGGGUUGAACGUUUCCUUGAGCUCUACCCUGCUAAUGAUUCAACAGCUGCAUCUGGUGCCUAUCACUCCAUGUUCACUGAUCGUUCGAGGAACGCUGGUGCUUACUAUGAAUCUGAAAUCAACUACGUCCUCAACAACUUAUAUUCCACUGAUAAACCUUGGAAGGCCGAGGACUAUGAGAUCGCCGAGAAGAUGAAAGACUACUGGGCCAACUUUAUCAAGACUGGUAACCCCAAUGGCGCCGAUACCACUUUUGAGUGGCCAGCUGUCAGCAGCACCAAGAAGACUGUUCAGCAUGUUGGUAAUGAAUGGGGUCAGAUCCCAAUUGCUUGGAGCAAGAAGGUCACUCUUUUCAAGGAGUGGUUUGCGACUCUAAUCGCAUACUAA